AUGCUGACAUCGAUGCCUGAAGAAAGGCGAGAAAAAGUUGCUAACCUGCCUGUAUUCCUUCGUCGGUUCUCCGCUUUUUGGGUUCUGACCAGAUGUGUAUCGCACGGAGCAGGUGUAUUGGAACGACAAAAGAAGUAUGCCGUAGCGAUCAGCUGGCAAAGAUUCCUACUCAAAAACUCCGGGACGAUGAAGAAGUUGAAGUGCUUCUGUACUGGCCAGCGUGGAGCACUGUGGGAUCGGCUUUCCCUUAAUCUCGAUGCACAUUUGAAGGAGCGGGAAGAAGCAUUGCAGGAGAUCCGGGAAGGUAUGGAAGACGACGCUGUGGCGGAUAAGGACAAGCUCAUGCUUCAGGACCGGGCACUAAGAAUAUCUAAUCGUGAUUUUCUGGAGAGAAUAGUGCUUACAGAGCCGAUUAAGAAAGAGAUCUAUGGAAGAACGUUAUCUAAAGACCUUGGAGAUUCGCGAAUAAAUAGAUUCGUUUUGAAAGACGUCGAUAAUCACGUGGUUGAGUGUUCCGUCGAGGAGGUGGUACGAAAGCAUUACCUGGACAAGGAAGGUUUUAAUAAUGUGAGGUUUUUCAAAAGGAGUCAUUUCAGGUAUGUUGACGCAAAAGAACUCGAGAUCGAACUACUGGGCUUCCUCGGCAACAACAAGUUCACAGAGGCUUACGAAUGUGCAUUCAAAGCGCGUGAAAUGUUGACAUCGAUGCCUGAAGAAAGGCGAGAAAAAGUUGCUAACCUGCCUGUAUUCCUUCGUCGGUUCUCCGCUUUUUGGGUUCUGACCAGAUGUGUAUCGCACGGAGCAGGUGUAUUAGAACGACAAAAGAAGUAUGCCGUAGCGAUCAGCUGGCAGAGAUUCCUACUCAAAACUCCUGGUAGGUGUAAUAUUUUGUAG